AACUACGAUGAACUCAACCCAACAAAUAGAGGUCCACAUACUACACAAAACAUUUUUACAAGAAUUUAAAGAACAUAUGAACAGCUGGUUGGUGACGAAGUUUGUGCCCUCCAUCUACACCGUGGUUCUCCUCGUGUCUCUUCCUCUCAAUAUAAUGGCGAUCAUCGUGUUCUUGGUGAAGGUGAAGGUGAAGAAGCCGGCAGUGGUGUUCCUGCUGAACCUAGCCGCUGCCGAUGUUCUCUUUGUUUGUAUUCUUCCUUUCCACAUCGUGUACCGAUUCUCAGGAAAUAACUGGCUGAUGGGGGAAGGGAUGUGCCGAUUAGUCACGGCCAUGUAUUUAAGUAACAUGCGUGGAUCCAUCCUGCUGAUGACGAGUAUCAGUGUGGACCGGUUCCUGGCUCUGGUCUACCCAGUCCAGUCCCUUCCCUGGCGCACAGUGAGAAGAGCCUGGCUGGUGUGUUGCUGCAUCUGGGUGAUAUCGAUGGUCAGCACCGUGCCGAUUCUCAUAAGACAACAAACCCGACCAUUUCCUGACCUGAAGACCACAACUUGUUAUGAUGUUCUGGAUUCCGAAUCGGUUGAAAUGUUUCAUGUUUACUAUAUUUUCCCCAUUUAUAUCGCACUUUUAUAUUUCUUACCUUUAAUUGUUACAACCGUCUGUUACAUUGGAAUUGUCUGCAGUCUCAGAGCUCCGAGCAUGAAGGGCGCCCAGAAGAGGUCCCGAGCCGUCCUCCUGUCUGUGGUUGUGUUGUGUGUGUUUGUCCUCUGUUUUGGCCCAGCCAAUGUUAUUUGGUUCAUGCAUUUCCUGCAGGUCUAUAACGAAGGUAAUAACUUCCUGUACAUCGUCUACAUCAUCAGUGUCAGUGUGAGCAGUGUCAGUUGUUGUCUGGAUCCUCUGAUCUAUUACUUUGCAUCCUCGGAGUGGCAGAAACACAUCUACAGCCUACUGGGAUGUAAGAGAGAACAGACACCACCAGUAGGCCAUCAGAGGGUCCUCCUCCACAAAGACCAGAUACAGAAAACUCCCAACAAACCUACUGAAACUUCCCGGUUUAUAUAACUGGAGGAGGCCGAACACUUCCAGAAAGUGUUCCCUUUUAUUAAGAAUAAGAAUUCAUAUCUGAUUUACUGAUCGUUGUAUGAGAGUAUUAAGUGCUUACAGUAUAUGCCGAUGUUGGGUCCUUUAUAUAAUAGUGAAGUAGAAUAACAAAGUUUCAAACCAGGCAGGACUUCAGCAAUGCAGGUUUAUUAACAGCUGGUAACAUACACAUUUAUGAUCAAAGUAUUACAAGAUAUAGGUCUAAUUUAUAUGGUUUCUUAUAAUGCAUGCAUAUUAGAUAUGAGUAUUCUUAUCCUCUAACCAAAUUAAAACAAUAGUGAAUUGUUCUCACCUUGAACCAGAAUGGGUCUUUUCUGCCAAUUCUUGAGAAGCCGUUACCUGAUGUGGACCAGUCGGUUGACUGGCUCGACCAAGUUUGUGAGGAAAAAAGGGAUU